AUGUUGAUAUUGAAGAACCGCCUUGAGAGAACGCGAACGUGUUAUAUUAAAAGGUACUUUUGUUUACAUUCAAAACUUGAAGGAUAGUUCAUUACUAGGUCAAAAAAGGAAAAUAUUUGAACCUGCGAGAAAACUUAUAAACAAAUAUAUUUCCAUGGUGCAGUUAGCGACAGAAAAUAUGACGACUAAUGGCCUUCUCAGUGAAGAGGAUGACCUGAUCUCUGGUCUUACCAAAGAAGAAUUGGAGGAGUUUAACGAGGCAAUUGAUGAUCCAGAUAAUGAGUUAUUACCAGCUGGCUUCCGAGCUGAUGACCAGACUUCCAAAGCUCCAACUGGCCCAUUUAAUAGGGAUCAUUUGAUGAAAUAUUUAAAGGAAGAAGCCAUGUCUUCAGAACCAAGUGAAGAUUUUGUACCCUUUGAGAAAAAGGUAAGAGGGAAGGUGUAUAAACCAAAAGAAGUGAAACAGAAAAACACUCCUCUAUUACCGGAUGAUUUGAGUGACGUCCUUGAUGGUGCUUCAGAAGAGGAGUUAUUAGAAUUAGCAGCCUGUCUUGGUAUUCAUGGCAUGCUUACACAAAAACAAAGUGAACACAUGGAAGCAGAUAAAGCAUGGGAGUCAUUAAAGGGGUCAGGACUGCGAAAAUAUAAGGGUGGAAUAACUGUUGCAACUAAAACGAAACAAUACACAGACAUAAACGCAGUCAACGAAUUGGAUAUAGACAAAGCAUUAGAACAAUUGAAAUCUCACGAUGAAUCGUUAACCGAACUAAACUUAAAUAACCAUAAAGAUGUUGACGAAGAAAAACUUCUUUUUGUUGCUAAAGAAAUAAAAGAUAACACACAUAUAAAAAGCAUAUACAUGGCUAAUACAAAGAUGUCUGAUAGAGUAGUUAAAGUGUUGUCAGAAUCACUGAAGCAAAAUAAAACAUUAGAAUCAUUAAAUAUUGAAUCAAACUUUUUGACUAGAGAAGGUAUUGCUGCUAUUAUGGAGAUGGUGGAAGUAAACACAACAUUAAAGGAGUUAAAAUUAGCCAAUCAAGCGCAAAAAAUUGGCCAUCAAGGCGAAUCCCGCAUCAGCAAAUCAUUAGCUAAAAACCACACAUUAUUGCGGUUUGGAUAUUCGUUUGAGUCAAGAGGUCCGAGACACAGUUCAAAUAAAUACAUCAUGAGAAAUAACGAUGCAGAUCGGCAAAGAAGACAAGCCGAAAAACAAGCUGAAAAUUUAUCAAAUGGAGGUAGCUAAGAAAGAAGGAUAUUAUCAUGGGAACGACAUCCACGAAAUAAUAUAUAUUUAUAUAGAAAUCGAGCGACAAGAUUUUACUUUUACUUAAACGUGCUAAAUAUAUAUAUAUGGCUGGUUUCAUUGGCACCGUUGCAUCUUGGUAUUGGUUUAAAUGCAUGCUGGUACACCGUGUUGUUGUAUUUUGCAGCAGAAAGAAAUAAAAACGUAAUUUAAGGGCUAUAACUUUUUGUUCUUUUCGAUUUUCUUAUUAUAUUUCGAGUUUUAUUUGUGUAUAAAUGAUAAUUUCGCACUUAUUGGGUCAAAUUAUUAAGUCUCAAAUUCUCUCUUUGUUUUAUCCAAUUUGAAGUUUUAUAACUGUUGCAUCUUUUCAAUUUUUUCAAAAAAGUUCGUUUUUGAGACAAUUUUUUUUUUUGAAAAAUUGUACGUAACGUUGUAUAUACAAACAUGGAUGCGAAGUUCGUGGACUCACUUUCCUACUUAAAAAGUGGUGAUAUAUAGUUUUCCAAAUUAUUAUAUAGUAUUAUAAGAAAAUGAUAAAAUUGUAAUAGCGAAGGUAUAAAAAGAUAAUAAAAAAGUAUUUUUAUGUUAUAUACAAAAUUUCUUGAUGUUUACAUGACAGAGAUUAUCUCUCCAUGUUUACAUGAAAGCAUAAAUGCUGACGUGGUUUUACCAUGGAAACGAUCAGAAGGUGUCUUGUUUUUCUUUAGAUAAUUUUACAUGCAAAUAUUUUCUAUUAAAAAAAGUGAUCAGUUGAUAAUUAUUUUAUUUUACGUUUUUUUUGUUUCCCUAAAAUUGAUUUUAUUUUUUGCGAAAACUCAACGUAAGGCUUCACUAAAUUUGACAUCGGAACUUAAAUAAUGAAAUGUUAUCAGUUUUUUUUACCCUGUCAAAACUCACCUCGAGUUCUUGUUCUUAGAGGGUGAUUAGUUAUAACAUGAGCAACCAUUAUUCCAAAAAUCCUUUCUUGUUUUUGCUGACUGGAGACAACCUAUCAUAAGAAAUGGUGUUGGUGUUUUUGUAGAUAUUUCUUUUGUAAGAUUUUGAACGUAAAUAGAGGUGUUGGGUUAUUGUCAUAAAGAUCUCACAUACAAGACAUUUUAAUGAGAUAUUCAGUCAGGCGAAGAUUAUAUGUUAAUAGAAAAGUACAGAGCUAGCUAGUAAGCUGCUAGCUACCAUUUUAAGUUUUUAUUUCUGUAACGAUUUUUAAUUUAUUGAUUGUUGUAAUGUAAAGGUGAUAUCUGCUCUGUUUAAAACAUCAGUCAGAAAUACAAUAUAUUUUAGUAAUA